AUGCAGGGAUUACAUAUUGCUGAGCAUGCUGACGUACCAAUAGAUACCAGCAAAAUGACAGAUCAGGAGCUGCAGUUCCAUUAUUUCAAAAUGCAUGAUGCAGAUAAUAACAAUAAGUUAGACGGUUGUGAGCUGAUCAAGUCUCUUAUACAUUGGCAUGAACAAGGUGGUUCGGAAACUGGUGGUGUGCAAGGCGAUAAAUUGUUCAAAGAUGAAGAAUUAGUGCAAUUGAUAGAUCCGAUACUUAGCAUGGACGACAGUAACAACGACGGUUAUAUUGAUUAUCCAGAAUUUAUUCGAGCCCAACAAAAUGCUGCAGCUAAUGCACGUCCAUAAAUUUUGACGAACCGAAAUCUAUGAACUGUGACUAAAAAGGAUCUUGUAAAACCGAAGGAAUGCAGGGAUUGUUGGAUUUUUUCAUUAUGACUGUUUAAUGAUGCAUUAUUGACAUAUUAUUUAUUCUAUGUGUAUAACGAAGUAGAAUCGGUAUUUGUGAUAAUGCAUCCUUUAUCGACUUAAUUAUUGAAUUAUAAAUAAGAAAAUAUAUGAACACACAAAAA